CCUUGAACUUGAACAGAGAGCGAGAUGAAGGUCUUGGUGGUGGUGCUUGCGGCCGUGGUGGUGGUAGCUGCGUCGGCGCCUCAGUAUGUCUACAACUACGCCUUCAAUAUACCGAGCGCCGAUAUUUCUGAUCCAAAGCCUGUUAAUACUGGAUUCCAAGCACCUGCUGCCUAUGUCAGUCCUUUUGGUGUUCCGCUCUUUUCGCCAUACUACAGCCAGCCUCAAAUUGGUUACAUAGCUAACGUGAACACUGCCCAGGUGCCAGAGACCCAGCCUCACUUCAGCGCCCUCAGCCCCCUCCUGAAACAGGCCUCGGACAACCGCAUGAUCGUGUUCGAGAGACAGGCCUCCCCUGGUGUCCUGCAGUACAGUGUGUCCCAGGACUUCUCGGAGAGGGCCGAAAGCGUGUCCUCUCUCGCAGCCAAGUUGAACGCCAUCCCAGUAGCAGCUGUGCAUGACGUCCAGGCACCACCGAGGUUCAGGCAGGGAGACGACGCGACUGAUCCCGUCCUCUCCUUCCGCGAAGAGGACGGCGUCACGAAAUACAGACUCGAAAUCCCAACCCAGUAAACUGCUUCUGAGUAACGUCUUACUUUCUCAGUGGAUUGUCUUUUUUAUAGUUGUUUAUUUGUCCACUUUUCUUUCCUUUUAGGGGGGGGGAAGUCAAAAAUCGUGUAACACAUUUUUUUUUAUUUCUUUUUUUUAAGCAGAGGAUUGAUUAUUGGGACCCAGGACUGGUAAAACAGAAUCUACCGAUUAGUACAAAUGCAUGUUUACGUUAUUCUCCCUAAUGCGUACCAAUAACAGUGAAUGUAUCCUCGAUUCACAGAUUAAUCCUCUUUCCACAUUCAGUAGGCCUGCCCGUUGUGAUAUAACCGUUAUAUUUCCCAUCACAUAUCGUCUCAACUUCGGUCACAUUUUCGUGUGUCUCGUCUCGCUAACUGCAUGCACGUUUGAGUCGUAGGGUUUAAUUGCAGGAAGGGUCAUCGCGGGAUCACUGUAUCACUUGAUUUUCACCUUAGAGCACAGUGUGGAAUUAAGUGCAUUCCCUUGUGCGUGUAUUUGUUUUUUCUUCAAUUUUUUUUAUCAUGAAUUGAAAAAUGAUUACGUUUAAUUAACGUUUUAUUUAUUUAUUUAUAUUUACUAUUAUCCUCUUUUGCCUUCAUGCUAGAGGUGGACUUACAUACCUAAUUAUUAUAUAGGGAUUAACUAAAGCAGCUUGAUUACAGGCAAGCAAAAAUGUUUAGGGAAAAUAAGAAUACUUAUAUACACAUGCAACGUAUCUACACACACACUGAGCACCUUAGCGUAAGGGUUGCUUGGGAAUGACUUGGAGUUCUAUUCAGAGAUUUAGCGCCCUAAUAGUGCUUGGGCCUUUCUGGUGAUUGUUGUUAUGUCCCAUUUCCAAAAUACAAUAAAUAUAAAUCAUGGAA